CUGUAGAUAUGGAAUAUUACACGUGUCAGCUGUUUAGGAUGAAAUUGUAUAGAAUUAUAUUAGAUGAGAAUUUCAGACGAUUUUUACCCGAGUACGUGACCUCUGUGACAAUCCUUUCAAAGCACUCCCUAAUUCUAUUUGUAGAUUAUAUAUAUACUCUGCAAGAAUUUAAUCAAUGGCCCUCAGAUAUGACCAAAAUGGUUAGCCUUAGACAUCUUGAGUUGGGUUGGUGGUCAAAUAUAGAUUACAUGCCACGUGGGUUGGGGCAGUUGGCUUCUCUUCAGACUUUGGGAUAUUUCAUUGUGGGCGAUGGCGAUGGCGAUGGCGAUGGCGAUGGCGACAGGGACCCCUGAAUGACGACGAUAGAAGAAGAAAAUGUAGGAAUGAAAAAGGGCGAUUGUUAACAAAUGAAAAGGAAAUAGAAAUGCGUGGGAUUGGGGAGUUGCAUGGCCUAAACCAGCUUCGGGGGAAAUGUGAGAGAUGCCAGAGAUGCCGAGGAAGCAAAGUUGAAGACCAAGUUGGAGUGUUGGCCAAUAUCUUAAGGAGUUAAAAGAGUAUUUGGAGAUAUGAAGGCGUCACUAUGCCUCUUAGGGUGAUACAAUCUUCUUCCCUGCUCCCAAAUCUAGUGCAACUUAAAAUAUCUUCUUUUUCUAAUCUCAAAUGUUUGCCACUGAUUGGUGAAUUCCCUUGCCUUAAGCGUCUCUAUCUAUGGGAAUUAAAAGCCCUGGAAUUCAUAUGCAAUAAAGUGGUGGUGGGGAAGGGGCACAAUAACAGCAGGGGUGGAGGAGGAGGAGCAGAAGAAGGAUCCAAACCAUUAUGGUACUAUUUCCAUCACUAGAAGAACUUGAGCUCCACUCUGUAGCAAAUCUGGAGAGGUGGACAAUCUCAGUAGAAGCAACGUCAACAAUGACGGGAUUAACAGAUGAGGAGGAAGAAGAAAAAGAAUCGAUAGCAGAAGAAGCACAAAAUAAUAGUCUUUUCCAUUUGUUGCUUUCGAUGUUUCCACGUCUCACCAGAUUGGAUUUAAAACAUUGCCAUGAGCUAACAACAAUGCCAAUGCUUUCGGUGCGGGGAAUACAACAUCUAACCUCUCUUCGAUAGUUAACCAUCCAAGUCUGGUGAGAUUGCCGGAUCGCUUCUUUGAGCAUCUCAAGUUACUUUCUCAGUGUACAAUUUCAGAUUGUCAGAAGUUGGCAUCUUUACCGGAAGGGAUUCGAAACCUCAUUAUGUUGAAACGACUACAAAUUGAUCAAUGUCAAGGUCUGAAGAUAUUACCAGAGGGCUUGGGAAGUCUCUCAUCUCUUGAAGAGCUUGAGAUUCAGAAUUGCUCGAAUUUAUUAUCUCUACCAGAAGGUAUUCGGUGCCUCACUGCACUAAAAAUCCUGAGAAUUUCAAAAAUUUCAGAUCAAAAGAUGUUACCAGAGGGACUGGGUAGUCUCUCGUCGCUUGAAGAGCUCCAGAUUGGGGAUUGCUCUAAUUUGUCGUCUCUGCCAGAGGGGAUUCAACGCCUCACUGCACUAAAAACGCUGGAAAUUUCGGAAUGCCCAAGUCUGAAGACGUUACCGGAGGGCUUGGGAAGCCUCUCAUCUCUUGAAGAGCUCCGGAUUGGGGAUUGCUCUAAUUUGUCGUCUCUACCAGAGGGGAUUCGACGCCUCACUGCACUAAAAACGCUGGAAAUUUCGGAAUGCCCAAGUCUGAAGACGUUACCGGAGGGCUUAGGAAGCCUCUCAUCUCUUGAAGAGCUCCGGAUUGGGGAUUGCUCUAAUUUGUCGUUUCUACCAGAGGGGAUUCGAAGCCUCACUGCACUAAAAAUGCUGAAAAUUUCGGAAUGCCCAAGUCUGAAGACAUUACCUAAGGGCUUGGGAAGCCUCUCAUGGAUUCGAAAGCUUGAGAUUUGGCAUUGCUCUAAUUUAUCAUCUCUGCCAAAAAGAAUUCAGCACCUUGCAUCUCUUGGUGUACUUGAAAUUUCAGAUUGUCCGAAUCUGUCUUAGGAGAUUCCUAAGGUCUCCUCAAUGAAGAUUGUAGCAUCUACCACCGAAUCUUCAAGUCAACUGAGCCACUCCUGGGGUUCAAGCCUCCUUAUUUCAAGAAUAAAUAUACCAAACGAAUGUGGAAAAAAAAUUUCCCCUCUCAUCUUCUUCAGGUCCAGUUGUCCUCUCUCUCUCUCUCUCCCUCCCCCAACCACCUCUUCUUUUUUCACAAGUUCUAGUUUGGGGAAAUAAUUGCUUCUUGAACUUCUUUGCCUUAUGCUUCUGACUUCCAGAAGAGAAAUGUGCAAGGAACCAGAAUUAUUGGAACAAGUCCAUUACUUGUGAUGCAUUUUCCUAUUUCCAUCCUAACAUUAGGAAAAUUUAAAGGAGGUAGGUAAGAUUUUUUUCCCCCCAUUUUAAAUGUAGAAAUGAAGAUUAUGGUUUGUGUAUGAAUAUUCUACAAAAAUGUUCUUUUGUGACUUGAUUAUUGUAAGAGUGUCCUUUUCUAUUUUUCUUACAAGUCCUACUGACCAUUUUGUUUUAAAAUUUCUAAUUUUACUUUGUUUAUCCUUAUGAAGUUGUUCCUACUGUCAUCUAUUACCUUAUUUGCUUUGAGAGGAAUUUGGGAGUUGUGGCAGAGGCAUGCACCACAUCCCAGCCAUCGUAUUCUAAACCUUUUGCAUUCACCCAUCCACACACAGUCUUCUAUAUAAUGUUCACUGUGAUAUUUAGUUAACCUUUUUUUUCAUACAUUGCAAGUCAUUACAACCCCAAUCUGCUCUAGCAUGUCUGUAGUCCUAGACCCAAGUUAUUUCUUAAAUUGAUUCGCACUGAAAAUCAAGGGACAAAUCUGAUCUCCAGUUACAAUUAUUAUUGAAAUUCAUGAAUUUCAUAAUCCAUAUCAUCUGAUGAUGAAAUUUAUUUUACAGUGAAAUUUAUUUUACAGUGGUACUGUAGUUUAAUAAAGUUUCACACACUAGUUAAUCUUCCAAAUCAAUGUUCAUUUAAUCCAGUUAAAAAUGGAGAUGAUGAUGUCUAAUGAGAAAUCAAUCUGACUAGAUUCUAAUGACAGGCGACAUAACAAGGACACUUGCAAAUGUGUCAUCAAUAUUCUGAAUCCUGGCCCAACCCUACUGGAUCAUCAGUUCAAGCUUAACCAGUUGACAAAACUACCAAACCUGUUGAGAAUCCGCUUGGUCUAAGUGGGUGAACAAGGAUAAAUAUUUCAGGAAGGGCAAGUGAUCAGGAGCUGUUCCAUGUACCACGAAGGCCCUUGUGAGGGGAUUUGUUUGCAAUAGAAGCUGAUGGGAAAGAAGAUAGUUCAGCGCACAAGCAGAAUCCACUGAGCUUUCUCACCUAGUUACCUGUAAAUUUCUCUUCUUUGAGUAGCGAGAUGAUCAGAAGCCCUGGUACAGAGGUGCUGGUUGCAAAUCCUACAGAAAGCUAUUUGCAUGACUAUAUAUUUGUGUUCAUUUAGGUUGGUUGAUGAUACUUACUGCUUAGUUUCAGAACAGUAAUUGAUUUAGGUUGUUACAAAUUCAGGUGUGGGGCAGAAAUCACAUAUCUCUGCAAUUUUUAUGUCUCUAUAGUUAAUAUACUUGUUUUCUCACAUUGUGACCAGACCAUAGUUUCACUUUCCUAUCUACUGACUGAUGAUCAUAUAUGUGUAGGUUUGACAUAAUAUUGACAUGGAAAUCAGAAGGCAGUGUUCAUUUCCCUUCUUGACAGAUAGCUAUGGCACCUAGGGAAGAGCGAGGGCAAGCUGUGGCAGCAACUUCAUGCCUCUUGUUAAGUUUUCUCGAAUUCUUAACCCCUUUUGAAGAAUGACCUGCUCAGACAUAUUUUGAUGGCAACCCGAAUGAGAUUUUUUUUUUCUGAGAUCUGUGAUGGAAGUAACUUCAGGCCUCUUGUUAAGUACGGUUCAACACGUUCGGCCGUGACCCGAUGGAUCAACCCGUGACUUGGAGGAGUAUCUAAUGUACUAUUGUCUUGUUGAGCAUGCAGUUGUAAUUUUGGGGUUUUUCGAGUUAGGGUUUCAGAGCGAGUUUUCUCACUGUUGUUUGGUUGUAAUCUCUCUUCUACAUAGUGAAAGAUGUUCUUCUUCACCCGAAGACGUAGCACACCACAUCGGUGUAUGAACCUCGUUAAAUAUUUGUGUGUUGUGCGGAUUUGUGUUUGUUAAUUUUCGUAUCUGUUGGUGUUGAUAUAACACCUCUUUAUCUUGACUCAAAUUGAUGAUAAAAUGAUUUCCAAGAUUGAACA